ACCUAGCAACAGCGCAGGCUCGGGGGCCCAGUCCGUUAUGGCUGCCGCCGCCCUGGGCAGGAUGAGCCGGGCUGCGCGAGAGAAGAUGCUUCCCGGGCCGGGCACCCGGGGCCUCGGAGCGCUGACGCGGUUGCUGGUGCUGGCGUUGCUGCUCGCGCCCGUCCUGUGCUCUGGUACUGUAGAGAACAUGCCACGCAACCCCACUACUUCUCCUCCAGCUGCACUGACAGCUGGAAACAGCACCAAACCUUCUGUUUCCCAGAUCAGCACCACUUCUCCGCUGCCAGCCAGUACACAGAAAAAUGGAGGCACCUCUGUGGCACCCACCCUCUCCACUGCUCCUUCUGUGUCCCAGGACGAGGCUGAUAGCAAUGAAGAUCCCAGCAUGGAGGAGGAGGAUCUUCUGGCACUCAACAGUUCCCCAUCCACAGCCAAAGACACUCUGGACAAUGGGGACUAUGGAGAGCCAGACUACGACUGGACCACCAACCCCAGGGACGAGGAGCCUGAUGAUAAUAUAAACAUAGAGAUAAGCAGAGAGGACAGGCACUUCAGGGGCUUUGAGGACUCAGUGAAGGUGGUGAAGCUCCCGCCCCCAAACAGAGAAGAUAGCCAUUUCUUUUUCCAUCUCCUUAUUUUUGCUUUCUGUGCAGCUGUUGUUUAUGUAACGUACCACAACAAAAGGAAGAUCUUCCUUCUGGUUCAAAGCAGGAAGUGGCGUGAUGGCUUAUGUUCUAAAACGGUGGAGUACCGUCGUUUAGACCAGAAUGUGAAUGAGGCCAUGCCUUCUCUGAAGAUCACCAAUGAUUAUAUUUUCUAAAGCACUGUGAUUGGAGUCUGCUUCUUCUGUCAUUUUAUUUGCUUGACUUUUAUAUGAUGUCGUGCAAAUUCUGCCACAGGAAGUGGCGCUUAACCAAGAGGGGGCCCUCUCUUUUGCCUUGGUGCUUUGGGAACUAAAUGUCACAAACAAGGAAUAUAUAAUUUUUUAAUCUGUUCUUUAGAGCUAGAUUCAAUCAGGUAUCUGAAGUGUGAGUUAAACCUUAUUGUAUAUUUUUUGUAGUAGUUAUUAUUUUCCAUUUAUCGUGCCUCUGGCAGCACUGUUCCCUUUGAAAGACCCCACACCAGAACUAAAGUCUCAUGGGGCCCAGCACUGCUGUUUUUCAUCACUCGCUGCUGUCCAAAGCUGGUUUUCCUCUUUCUGUUAUUCUAUUCCUAAUUUUGAGAUGGGGUCUUACUGACCAGCCUAGGCUGGCCUCGAACAGUUGGUCGUUGGAUUCUCAAAUGCUGGUACUGCAGGUGUGGCUGCCCCACCCACUUCCAAAUAGCCUAUUUUCAAACAUAUUUUUGUUUGUGUGUGGUACAAACUUUAUUAUACAAGGAUAUCAUGAUAUAUUUCUUUGUUUUACAGCAACAUGUUUGCCACUCUUUCCAAACUGCUUUGAAAGAUGGAUGGCAAGGCGGGCUCAGUCAGUGAGGGCGCCUGCUGCCAAGCCUGACAGCCCGGGUUCAGUCCCCAGGACCUGCAUGGUAGAAGGACAGAGUGAAUUCUUGCAGGUUGUUCUCUGACCUCCACAUGUGUGCAUGGCAUUCGUGCACCUACACACAUGCUUAUACACACAGUGAAUAAAUGUAAUUAUUAAGAAGAAACCCGCUUCGGGUGUUUUUUGGCACUUGAGACAGUGUAAGAUGACGUGGCCGCUGCUUCACUCACCACACGUUAAGCUGGUUAGGAAUUCCUGCAAAAUGGCCUGCAGUUCCCAGUGAAGGCAGCCAGAUGAUAGGUGAUAUCAGCCAUUGGCUAGGGCUGCUGGAUGGCGCUUCGGUGGAAGUUGGUAGAACAGCAGUUACGUCAGUCAGCAAUUGAUUUCAGCCCAGGUUCCAAGGGUUCAGGCGAUGAGCAGAGUUUAAAACUCCAGUCAGAGUUUUUUCAGUUUAUUUCUUGCUGCACAGUAAAUUUGAAGAGACUUUAGAGACCAUUAUCACUUAAAUGAUGCCAUGUCUCGAUCCUGCAGUUAACGUGAUAAUCUGAAUAUAGCAGUGACAUUCAGACUCCCUACCGUGUUUCAUUAUGUUGCCCCCCCAAACUGGAAUUCUUUACGUAUUUCAUGUUAGCCUGUCUUUUAGAGUUGGUCAGAAUGUAAAUGUGUGAUUUGAACCAUGGUUGACCACCGAGCUUCACUGCAACUCUCCAGAAAGCAUAGCCUUCUCUGUAUGCUCUGCAGAGCCCAGGCGAGCCAGCAGCCAUGCUCCCUGUGUGAGCACAGAAGCAGCAGCGCUGUCCUCCCCUCAGGACAGGUGACUGUCCGAAGGAUGGGCAGCGUAGUGAAAUGUACCUGGACUGUUUUAUUGCAGUAGUUUUUUUCAUAUUUGAAAUUGUAUUAUUUAAUAUUUUGAAUAAGAUUUUAAGAAAUAAAUGGCAAAGA